UGUGAUUUGUGUGCAGCAGAAGGAGAAGACGACGACGACAACGGAGAAGAAGCAGCAGCAGGACGACGCUGUGGAUUUGUGGAGCUUUACUAUUCUUUUGGAUAUUCCCCCCUUUGUUUUCAGCUGUAGAAAGCGAUGGAUUACGGCGUGUGUGUACUUUUGCUGCUCUCCAGCGUGUCCUGCGUGUCCACCGGACAGUUCCCCAACGCGCACAUGAUAAAAGAAUGGGUGGACCAGAUGCAAAAGGACUUGAUCACGCUAACGGACAAGGCGAGCGGCGUCCAAAGUCUCAUUCAGAUCUAUAAAAACCACCAGACGCACUUCAGCGUGGAGUCCAACGACGCCCGGCAGCUGGUGGCCACGGCUGCCGGGAACAUCGAGAGGCUGCUGCAAAACCGCUCCAAAGCCCUGAAGAGGCUGGCUACAGAGGCGGAGAGCUUCCAGAUGGAUCACGGCUGGCAGGACAACAGCGAGGCUGACAAGAUCGUCUACUACAACGCCAAAGAUGAUCUCAACCAGACGGAGAAGAAAAACCGCUACGUCCCCGAGGACUUCCACGUGGACCCGGACUUCAAGCGUCUGGUGUCCUACAACACCACGGCCGUGCACAUCCCCACCGACAUAUACGAGGGCUCCACCAUCAUCCUCAAUGAGCUCAACUGGACCGAGGCCCUGGAGGACGUCUUCCGUAAAAACAAGGAGGAGGACCCGUCUCUCCUGUGGCAGGUGUUUGGUUCUGCGACGGGGCUGGCUCGCUACUUCCCAGCAUCCCCCUGGAUCGACUCCAGCAAGUCAGCCAAGAGGAUCGACCUCUACGACGUACGCAGGCGGCCAUGGUACAUCCAGGGGGCGGCCUCACCUAAGGACAUGCUGAUCCUGGUGGACGCGAGCGGCAGCGUGUCGGGUCUGACCCUCAAGCUGAUCCGAACGUCCGUCAGCGAGAUGCUGGAGACGCUGUCAGACGACGACUACGUCAACGUCGUCUAUUUCAAUGACAAGGCCACGCACGCCGCCUGCUUCGAGAACCUGGUGCAGGCCAACGUGCGCAACAAGAGGAUCCUAAAGGACGCCGUGCAGGGCAUCAGCGCCAAGGGCACCACCAAAUACAAGGAAGGCUUCGAGCUGGCCUUCAAGCAGCUCGCCCAGGUGAACGUGUCCAGGGCCAACUGCAACAAGAUCAUCAUGCUCUUCACUGAUGGGGGCGAGGAGAGAGCGGAGGAGAUCUUUCAGCACUACAACCCCAAACAAGCCGUGCGCAUUUUUACAUUCUCGGUGGGUCAGCACAACUACGACAAGGGGCCCAUACAGUGGAUGGCGUGCGCUAACAAAGGUUACUACUAUGAGAUCCCAUCCAUCGGCGCUAUCAGGUUGAACACUCAGGAGUACCUUGACGUUUUGGGCAGACCAAUGGUGAAGGCAGACCGGAAGGCCAAGCAGGUCCAGUGGACUAACGUCUACCAGGAUGCGCUGGAGCUCGGGCUGGUCAUCACAGGGACGCUUCCUGUCUUCAACAAGACCAACACGGGGUCAAAGAAAUCCCAGAACCAGCUCAUCUUGGGUGUCAUGGCCAUCGACGUCUCGCUGGAAGACAUCAAGAGACUCACGCCACGCUUUACUUUCGGACCUAACGGCUACUACUUUGCCAUCGACCCCAACGGAUACGUGCUGCUUCACCCCAACCUCCAACCGCCGAGGGCCGAGUUCCACGAGCCCGUCACCUUGGACUUCUUGGAUGCCGAGCUAGAGGAUGAUGUCAAAGUGGAGAUAAGAAGGAAGAUGAUUGAUGGUCGGACAGGAAAUUAUGCAAUAUCUGCUCUGGUCAAAUCCCAAGAUGAGCGCUACAUCGAUGUGGGUCAGAGGACCUACACCUUUGCACCAGUGAAGGGUACAGAUUACAGUCUGGCGCUGGUGCUGCCCGACUACAGCUCGCAUUACAUCCGGGCCACCAUCGGCGACACCAUCACGCAAGCCAAAUUUUCUGAGAGCCUGCUGGCUGACAAGUUUGAUGAAUACGGCUUCACGCUCAUAGCGCCGAGGGUGUACUGCAAGGACCUGAAGCCACCCGGCAAGGACAAAAGCAACACUGAGUUCCUCAUGGAGUUCAACAAUUACAUCGACACCAAGACUCCAAACAACCCCAUGUGCAACGUGGAGCUGGUGAACCGAUUGCUCCUGGACGCUGGCAUCACUUCAGAUCUCAUCAAGAUUUGGAAGGAGAAUAAGUCGCUGACCGGCGUCACAGCCAGAUUUGUUGCCACCGACGGAGGGAUCACCCGGGUGUACCCCAAAAGUGCUGGCCUCGACUGGAAAGAGGAGGCGGAGACGUACGAGUCCAGUUUCUACAAGCGCAGUUUGGACAACGACCUGUACAUCUUCACUCCAACGCCGUACCUCGACAAGAACUCAAGUGACGACUCCGUUCUUGUGAGCAGAGCGGUCAACCUGAUGAUUGACAAUAAACUCCUAAAACCAGCGGUGGUGGGCGUCAAGUUGGACAUCAGCGCCUGGAUGGCGAGCUUCAUCAACACCACGCAGAAGACCAACUGCACUGACGAGAUCUGUGGCUGCCAGCGGAACGAUGUGUACGUAGACUGCGUCAUUCUGGAUGAUGGCGGCUUCCUGGUGAUGUCCAAUCGAGACGAAUACACGGAUCAGAUCGGGCGCUUCUUCGGAAUGAUUGACCCGAUCCUGAUGAUCAACCUGGUCAACUCCUCCCUCUUCACCUCCAAGAAGUCCUUCGACUACCAAUCUCUGUGUGACCCCGAGAAGGAGACCAAGGCGGCGGCGGGGCUGCGAUCUGUCUAUGUGCCCUCCGUUGCUGAUAUUUUCAAUGUCGGGUGGUGGGCCACUGCUGCAGCCUGGUCAAUCCUGCAACAGGUGCUGGUCAGCAUCACAUUCCCAAAUAUCCUGGAUGCAGCCGGCAUGGACGAGGACGCGUUGGACAUCAUGCACAAGGAUGUGUGCAUCACCGAGCAGACGCAGUACUACUUCGAGACCGACAACCAUUCCUUCAAAGGCACGGUGGACUGUGAAAACUGCUCCAGAAUUUACCACGCCGAGAAGCUUCCCAACACAAACCUGGUCUUCAUCAUCGCUGACGCCAAGCUCACCUGCACGUCAUGUGACAGCAAGCCACUCAUACAGGAUGAACAACAGUCUAACGGACCCGAUCCCUGUGAGCUGGCCCAGAGUCCUCGCUACAGGAAAGGACCCACCAUCUGCUUCGAUAACAACGAGCAUGAGGAGGACCCUGACUGUGGCGGGGCGUCCGGCUUGAGCCCCUCGCUGUGGCUGAUGGUGGUCCUUCAGCUGGCGCUGCUCUGGGUUCUGACGGGCUCCGGACAUCACGGCGUACCGUCAUGACCUCCCUGCCGCACCAUCCACCACCGUCCGCCGCCGCCGCCUUUCUACCAGCAUGCAACGCCGCCUCUGACAGUUUGCUUUCUCAACGGAAGAAUCCUCGGAUGGAGACUUUGGAGCCCCCACGGAUGGGAGAGGUGGUGCUGCCAGAAGCUAAGCCUGUUUAGAAUGCGACCACAGUGGCGAGCGUUUGCUUCUUUGUCGGCUACGCCUGAGCUACACCGUGUUCCGCAGACCUUUACCCUCCGUCUCAAGUUCUUCCCUGAAUCUUCAGCCUCCGGCCUUUUCCGGACCUCCCGUUGGAGCGCUCCAAAGACAACUGCCAUCGUGCGCAUGAACCAAUCAGGAGCAACCUGACUGAAUCAUCUCUAGUGCCAUGUGUGAUUCUUGUUAGCGUUAGCCUUUCAUUUACUGGAUGCUUGGAGAACGUAAGCACUGAAACAAUCAUCUGCAUUUUGUGUGUUUAGCUGCUGAAGUCCUGUUGUCGUUUCUUUGUGGCCGACAUGCGCAACUAAAAACAACAAAAACCCUUCAAGGUCCCCUAUUUUUACCAUUUUAAAUGAGACGUGUCACAAUAAGAAAGAAAAUGAUCCAAGCCACCGCUCCCACGUCUGCAGCUGACUGACAAGAACCGCACAAGCGCAAGGUUGCAUUGUAAGAUGUGUAGCGAAGCCUGCUUUUAGCAUUGGCAUUAGUGUGUGGGAAGCGUGUUGUCCAUAGUCUCGUCUUGAUGUUGGAAUUUAGAUUUGGCUACGCCCUGCUAGGAACACAGCUUUAUGUGUCUGUAGCUUUAAUGCUAAUGAGCUUUGUCUGUUUCCAAGUGCAGCGCCCACGUCUGCAGCUGACUGAUUUGCCAGAACUUUAUUAUAAGACGUGUAGUGAAGCCUGAGCUUCAACAGCCAGCGUUUGAGCUCCUCUUUUAUCAAAAUAUACAACAUAACACAAAGUGGCGGGACAGGCGGACACAGAUGUUAGCAACGCUAGCAUAGCUAUGUGAGCUCAAGUGCUAACAUUAAACUCCAUUUUAACAGUGACAUCAUGCUAGGUUAGCCUGUUUGCUGAAGAAAACCAACAUGAUGACACUCAGAGCUCCCAGAUCUUUAUUUUACGACGUGCAGUGAAGCCUGAACUUGAAAAGUGAGCGUUUGAGCUUUUCUUUUCUCCAAACUAGAGCAAACUAGUGAGGAAUAUGAUCCAUUUUUAGUGCUCAUAAACACAUACUACUGUUAGGACAUCAUUAAAAAGUCACUUCCGGGUAAUAGGGGACCUUUAAGGUUUGUACUCGUGAGUUUUGUCCCGUUCGUCAGACUUUAUUGGGGACACUUAAGGACACGCUGUGGGUUUCCUGUUCCUGUUCUGUGGUGAUUUGCAGUCCCGAGUUUUGUUUUUUAAAGCACCGCUUGUUUUAUGGCCUUCUUUCUUCUUCUUCUUCUUCGGGCCAAUGUAGCAAAAGUCCGCCACUAACAAGUGGUGCACUUUGGACUUCCGCCAUAACAUCAUCAAUCAAAAAAACAUCCAAGUGCCAAACUCUGGUGGGGAAAUGCCGUUAUCCCGAUCAUUUAUGCAAGGUGUCGACGAGGGUCAGCUCUUACUGCCUUUUUGGUUUUGGUUUUGUUCCUGUGAGGAGACAGCAUCUGGCGUUCUUGUACCAAAUGACAGAGGGUUUGGUGGGAAUCCUUUUAAGCGCUAAAAUGCGAUGCUGUCCCCUCUGGAAUCUUUUAAAGCGCAUCGUGUAGGUCGGCCUUCCAAUUUCUGGUUUGUGUUUCCUAAGUGUGCGUGUGUGUUACAUUAGGGUCUGUCAAGCAUCUUGGCGGUCCUCUAUGUAAGACCAUGUCCACAUGUGCACGGGUAUUUUUUAAUAGCUCACUCCAAAAACUGUGCAAAAGUGUAUUUGAAAGCAGCAGGGGGCGCUAUGGCUGUGAUUGUUUGAGCCAAUCGGAAUCCCCUGCAGUGUUUCCCAUGGACUGCCAUCUGUUUGGUGGUCCAAAUUUAUUUGUGGCGGGCUGCCACAAGUGAAUGUAUGCACUGCUUUUAUUUGUGUGGAGUUGGUGUCAGCCCCCCACGAUCGUGCUUUAAGGCGUUCAAAGUCAUCAUUUGUACAAAACCAAAGUGAAAAAGUGUGUUUGUCCAUGUGCAAAUAUUCAGAAUAAAAUUUGUUGAGAACUUU